UCCAGGUCAGAGGCGCGGCUUCCUGUGGACUGAAGAUGGCCGCAGAUGGAGGCGCUCUGAAGGAUAUCAAUGAGAUUAAAUCGCAGUUCCGGACCCGCGAGGGAUUCUACAAGCUGCUCACCCUCUCGGACUCUCAGCAGCGGGCCGGGCUGCCGCGGGGCUCCUCGGCGGGCGUGACGGUGGGGCCGGGCGCGGGCGGCGGUGCCGGUGUUGGGCUGGUGCAGGGGCCCGGGGCCGCCGCCGCCAACUCCUCUCCGGGCUUCCUGCCGCCGGUGCGGGUGUCGAUGGUGAAGCUGAAGCCGGAGGACCCCAGCGAGGAUUCGGAGCGAGUGUGCUUCAACAUCGGCAGGGAACUUUACUUCUACACCUACACGAACAUCAAGAAGGCAGUGGAUCUCAGUAAGCCCAUAGACAAGCGCAUCUAUAAAGGAACUCAGCCUACCUGUCAUGACUUUAAUCAGUAUUCGGCCACGGCUGACAGCGUGGCUCUGAUCGUGGGAUUCUCCGCUGGACAGGUGCAGUACCUCGACCCCAUCAAGAAGGAGACCAGCAAGCUCUUCAACGAGGAGAGGCUGAUAGACAAAUCAAAGGUGACGUGUCUCAAAUGGCUGCCCAAGUCAGAGAAUCUCUUCCUGGCGUCUCACGCCAGCGGUCACCUCUACCUCUAUAACGUGGAGCACCCAUGCGGCACCACCGCGCCUCAGUACUGUCUGCUCCGGCAGGGCGAGGGCUUCGCCGUCUACGCCUGCAAGACCAAGACGCCCCGUAACCCGCUGCUCCGCUGGGUGGUCGGUGAUGGAGGGCUGAACGAGUUUGCCUUCUCGCCCGAUGGCCUUCACGUGGCCUGCGUCGGUCAAGACGGCUGCCUGCGCGUCUUCCACUUCGACUCGAUGGAGCUGCAAGGCGUGAUGAAGAGCUACUUCGGCGGGCUUCUCUGCGUCUCCUGGAGCCCCGACGGGAAGUACCUCGCCACCGGCGGAGAGGAUGAUUUGGUGACCGUCUGGUCGUUCGCCGAGAGUCGCGUGGUGGCGCGCGGACACGGCCACAAGUCGUGGGUCAACGUUGUUGCUUUCGACCCGUUCACGACGAACCUGGAGGACGAGGAGCCGAUGGAGCUCAGCGGCAGUGAGGAGGAUCUCCAGCAGGGGGCGCUGCACUUCGGCCGCGUGCGAACCAGCAGCACGCUCUCGCGCCUCUCGCGGCACAGCUCCAAAGGCGGCGCGUCGUCCGUGACGUACCGCUUCGGAUCCGUCGGCCAGGACACGCAGUUCUGUUUGUGGGAUCUGACGGACGACGUUCUGUAUCCACGGCUUCCGCUCUCCCGCGCGCUUACGAACACCUUCGGCCCUACGAUUCCAAGCAGCACGGCGUUGAGCGGAAGUAGUGGAGUCGAAGGUCACCAUCAUCCCUCCAACCCUCAUCAGACAUCAACAUUGCCGCUGCCUUUACCUCGCUCGCUGUCGCGCUCCAACUCCCUCCCGCACCCCGCCGUCGCCAACACCUCCAAGAGCCAGGGGGCGACGGAGAGCAGCGGCACAGGCGAGAGCGCUGGCACAGGCGGAGGAAGCACGCCGUUUAGCAUCGGCCGCUUCGCCACGCUGUCGUUACAAGAGCGCAAAUCGGACAAAUCCGGGGUGGGAGGGGAAAAGGAGCACAAGCGCUACCACAGCCUCGGGAACAUCAGCAAAAGCAACGAUAAGAUCAACGUAGCGCCGCGCAGCACCCGGCUAGAUGGCGCUAAAGUGCUGGGAACCACGCUGUGUCCUCGCAUGAACGAGGUGCCGCUGCUGGAGCCGCUGGUGUGCAAGAAAAUCGCCCACGAGCGGCUCACCGUGCUCGUCUUCAUGAACGACUGCAUCAUCACGGCGUGUCAGGAAGGACUCAUCUGCACUUGGUCCAGACCCGGGAAAACGCACCCGUCUCAGCCGCUGUCAGCACAGAACGGAAACUCUCCAAGCGGGACGGUGGUAUAGCCGAAGCCUCAUUCCCAGAGCUGAUUCCCGUGUCUGCAUCCGGAGCCGGUCCAUCACAGCGUCACCAUUCACCCGUCCACUGUAUUCCCACCAAACCACACGCUUGAGUUGCACACGAACGUAAACACACCCCGGGACCAUGCUGCACUGCUGCAACUCUCUCCUGCAGACAGACUGCGAGACUCUUCCGUGCAGAAACCCUGCUGGCCUCUUCUCCGGCCGCAUUCACUGCAAACGCCACGGCCAUUUUAUUUCCUAUUUAUUUGAUCAUCGAGACUUCUAUUGUACAUAUUCAGACUACUCUAUAACGGCAGAAGACAUGUAUUGAAAUAAUGAACUCAAAUAAUUAAUAUAUGAAGAUCCUAUAUUGUACAUAGUGACAGAUGCAUUGAAUGUGGAUUGACGAGUUCUUGUUCUAGUGUGCUAGUGCUUCAUAAGUGGCGAUCUGGCUGAGAAAGUGCAUCCUUUGCUUUGGCAUCGGGCCUGAACUGAGAGUUACGUGCAUUUGUUCAACCGCUAGACUCGAGUUUUCAGCUUCAUUGAUUGCAGAUGCUACUAGAGAGGUGAGGUUAGUGUCGUCUAGAAAUGGUGUAAAAUGGUAGGCAGGGUAUAUGAACCGUGAAAGUGCGAUUUUAUAUAUUUACUAAGUUUUUGCUAAGCAAACAACGUCACCGCUGAAUGAAAACGGACGUUUGUGACAUGACUGUUUAGAGCUAGUCCAAACUAGAAGCGGAUCUCUUAAAAUUUGCCUUGUUGAAACCAAGUCUAUGGAAGCCUGUUUCCGGGUACAGAAUUAAAAAAAAAAAAAAAAAAAGGUUAUUGC